ACAUUUCUCCUCUCGUGAGGACAAAGAUUGCCUAAGGACAAUAUGGCCCCACAUGGUUCAGCGAAAACCUUAGCAGUCGUCCUUGCAAUACUCAGCAUUCUCUUGCUCAGCCAAGUUGACGCUGAGAGCCCGUCCCGUCGCGGCCCACCUCCUUCUCGUCUCCCCCCGCCUCCACCCCCUCGCGGUCAACCUGCACGCCCUCGUCGCCCGCCACCACCCCCUCACCAUCCGCCUCCACCACCUCCAAUGGCAUGUCCACCUUGUACUUGUCCACUACCAUCCCCUCCACAGGGCACCCCACCGUCAAUUUCGCCACCAGACACAUCACCACCUAUGACUAAUUCGCCACCCAAUAUUUCACCAAAUAAGACUCCACCACCGGAGAUUAUAGUGGAUCCUGAGAUUCCACCGUCAGAAAAUCCAGCACCCGAUAUUUCGUCACCAGAGAUUUCACCCCCUCAGACUCCACCACCAAAUAUUACAGACCCUGAGAUUCCACCACCAGAGAUUAUAGUAGACCCUGAGAUUCCACCACCAGAGAUUAUAGUAGACCCUGAGAUUCCACCAUUUGAGACACCAUUACCCGAGAUUUCAUCACCUGAGACUCCACCACCAGAUAUUGUAGACCCUGAGAUUUCACCAUCCGAAAAUCCAGCACCCGAGAUUACGUCACCAGAGAUUUCGCCACCUAAUACUCCACCACCUAAUAUUAUAGACCCUGAGAUUCCACCACCAGAAAUUAUAGUAAACCCCGAGGUUCCAUCAUCUGAAACACCACCACCUGAGAUUUCACCAUCUGAGACUCCACCACCUGAGAUUUCACCAUCUGAGACUCCACCACCGAAUAUUAUAGACCCUGAGAUUCCGCCCCCAGAGAUUAUAAUAGAUCCUGAGAUUUCACCAUCUGAGAGUCCACCACCCGAGAUUACACCACUUGAGACUCCACCACCAGAGAUUAUAAUAGAUCCUGAGAUUCCACCCUCCGAGAGUCCACCACCAAAUAUUAUAGACCCUGAGAUUCCACCAUUUGAGACUUCACCACCAGAUAUUAUAGACCCUGAAAUAUCACCACCAGAUAAUAUAGUUCCCGCGUUUCCACCAGAUAUAUUAGUCCCCGUGUUUCCACCAUCUGAUACUCCACCACCGGAGAUUAUAGACCCAAAGACUCCAUCACCUGAGAUCCCACUGCCAGAGAACCUACCAACGCUUCCUCCAAACACACCCCAACAAACUCCUCCAAACACACCAGCAGAAACUCCUCCAGACACACCAUCGCAGACUCCACCAACACUUCCACCAAACUCACCACCGAUGGCUCCUCUAGGUACACCAACGUUUCCACCAAACAACUCACUACCACCUUCUCCUUCGAGCUCCCCACCACCGCCCCGGUCUCAAACACCACCACCAUCUCCCCCACGUGGCAUAUGUCCCAGGAACGCCAAUCAGAUAAGGUCAUGUUCCAAUAUCCUAAAAUUUUUCGGUAACUUCCUAGAUUUUCGAUUGGCGAAGCCAUGUUGUACCCUCAUUCGUGAUCUAUCCGAUGCUCAAGCAGCUGCUUGCCUAUGUGAUUUGGUGAGAGCACGACGUUCCACUCUUUCUCCCAAUAUCAUUAUCCUCUGUAGGGCUUGUGGCCGCAGGAUUCCGAGAGGCUUCACCUGCCCAUAACUAUUUCCUUGUCUCCCGGCCCUUGUUAUAACCUAAAUUUACGAAAAUAAACUUUAACACUUAAACCACAACUAAAGUCUUGUGACUUAUUUACUUUCUACCAGUAAUAUAUAAUGUAAUAAAACAUCAAUAAAUUUUGUGUCUUUUAAA